AUGCUGCACUUCAGCCAUCCGGUGGUGCACCCCUCCCCGCCGGCGCAGGGGCAGGGGCAGGGGCAGACGGAGGUGGAGAUGGUGCCGCCGGCGCAGGGGCAGGCGGUGCAGGGGGAGGGGGCGAACGGGGACGGGAACGCGCCUGCUGGGGUGAUCAUGAGGGGCCCCUGGACGCGGUGCAGCCUCGUCUUCCGCCUCCUGCAGGCCGCCUUCGCGGCCACCUCGCUCGCCGUCAUGGCGUCCACCGACGACUUCUCCUCCGUCACCACAUUCCGCUACCUCGUAGCAGCAGCAAUCGUGCAAUGCCUGUGGAGCCUCGCCGUGGCCAUUCUGGAUGCCUAUGCAAUUGUUGUCAAACGUUCCUUCCGAACUGCCCGGGCUGUCAUCAUACUUGCCCUCGGGGACUGGGUAAGUCGUACGUAUUCUCUCAGGCACACCAAACAAAACAGCAACCCAUCUGUCAUGCAUUGUGUUUUGAAUAGGCAAAUUAAGUAUCAUGUGUAUCUUUAUUUCUCCUAAUAAAAUGUAAAAACAAUUUGCUUUUGACCCUGAUGUUUUGUCCGUAGGUCAGAGGAACACUGAUCUUCAGUGCAGCUUGUGGAUCACCACUCUCCUUUCCAAUGAUUUCGGAGCUUGCUCGGUAAAUCCCUGUGCAAGCUUCAUGAACGCUACCGCCAUGGCUUUCCUGAGCUGGCUUGCGCGUGUGCCGGCCUUUAUCAGGAACCUUUGGACGGCGGUCCACCGAAUACAAAAAUCAUAGUUUGUGAAACGAGAACCGGGCAGUUUGCGCAACCCGGUCCCGUUUUCGUGACCAACUUGGACGCAUCGACUGUAGCAUAUCUAACUAUAGUAUGACCGGGAAGCAACGGAUGGAUACCCGCCGAACAAAGUAUGUCAUCAAUGUUUCUGUAUAAAUUAGGGAGUAGCUUGAUGUUUGAAAGGGUGGUUGUGCUGCUCUGAAUUUUUCUUGUUCUUUUGAGGAUAGUAUGACUUCGUUAUAUGAGGGUGGACUGGCGGUUCUGUUCUGGUGGGGAUGAACUGAGGGUUACUUGUGUAGAGCUCAAGGUUGCUGAUAUGCUAUAGCUGUUUAUUUUGCUACUCAUAUAUUUUGUUAUUGAUAUCUGGAUCUUAGGUCCGGAGAUUUCUCACUUAGUACUGUUGCCACUUACGAUGGCCAUAUUAUGCCAUAUUAUUCGUUGUAUUUCUAAAUAAAAUGCC